CCGGGAGCGGCUCCGUGCCCCAGGAGCGCUUCCGGCCGGCGCGAUCACGUGACGGGCCGGGGUCACAUGACGGCGGGAGCUGGAGCCGGGGAGCGGGAGCGGAGCGGCUGCCGCUGGGGGUGAUGCCAUGGCCGCUGCCAGCUCCAGCAGGGCCAGGGCCGGGCCGCCCUGCGAGAAGUCCCCGCUGUCCGUGAAAGUUGUGUCUGUGAAGCCCAAGGCCCAAAGCCGCCCAGCACGGAUGAACUGCUACGUGGAGGUGGCCGGCGACGGGCUGCCCAGUGAGACCAAGAAGACGGGGAAGCAGAUGGGGGUCUCGGAGCUGCUGUGGAACGAGAUCCUCACCCUGAAUGUCACGGCUCAGAGCCACUUGGAGCUGAAGGUGUGGAUCUGCCACACGCUGAGGAACGAGCUGCUGGGCGCCGCCUCCGUCAGCCUCGGCAGCCUGCUCAAGGGCGGUGGCAAACUGGAGAACAGGCAGCUGACCCUGGACCUGCAGACGGAGAACAAAGGCAGCAUUGUGUCGGGCGGAGAGCUGACGGUUUUCCUGGACGGGCCGGCUGUUGCUCUGGGCAGCGUUCCCGACGGCAGUGCCGGCUCCGAGGGGUCUCAGGUACCUGGACGGGACCCCAGCAGCGCAGCUGUGGCCACGGAGGGCCGGCACCAACCUCCCAGCACCAACUGCUUUGGCAGCAGACCGAGGACGCACCGACAUGCGGCCGGAGCAGCCCGGGGAAACACGGGCAGUGGAGAGCAAAGUCCCAGUGCCAGGAGCCGGCACCGGCAGCAGGCCAAGAGCUCACAGCACACCAGCACGGCCACCAGCACGGCCAAUGGCACGGCCACCAGCAUGGCCAACGGCGUGGCCAACGGCACGGCCACCAGCACGGCCACCAGCAUGGCCAAUGGCACAGUGAACGGGGACGCCGUGGCUGCCGUGGACAUGGAUGAGGACAGGCCGGCAGCAGGGGCCAGCGUUCCCACCCCGGCAGCGUCCGGCACGGCCGAGGGCUCCUCUGCUCCUGCCCCUCCUGCCCUGAGCGGCUCCAGGGAGGCAGAGGAGGCAGCCUCAGGCUCCAGUGCCCCCCCGGCCCGGGCAGCCGUGCUCGCCCUGGAUGCUCUGCCCCCUGGGUGGGAGCAGCGGGAGCUGCCGAACGGUAGAGUCUACUAUGUAGACCACAACAACAAGACCACGACGUGGGAGAGACCCCUCCCUCCAGGGUGGGAGAAACGCGUGGACCCUCGAGGCAGGUACUACUACGUGGACCACAACACCCGGACCACCACGUGGCAGCGCCCCACGGCCGAGUACGUCAGGAACUACGAGCAGUGGCAGUCGCAGCGCAACCAGCUGCAAGGGGCCAUGCAGCACUUCAGCCAGAGGUUCCUGUACCAGUCCUCCGGAGCCCCGUCCGACAAUGAUCCUCUGGGGCCCCUUCCUCCCGGCUGGGAGAAGAGACAGGACAAUGGGCGAGUGUAUUACGUGAACCACAACACCAGGACCACGCAGUGGGAAGACCCUCGCACGCAGGGGAUGAUCCAGGAGCCGCCGCUGCCGCCGGGCUGGGAGAUGAAGUACACGAACGAGAGCGUGCGGUACUUCGUGGACCACAACACCCGCACCACCACCUUCAAGGACCCGCGCCCGGGCUUCGAGUCUGGGAGCAAGCACGGCGGCUCCCCGGGCGCGUACGACCGGAGCUUUCGCUGGAAGUACCACCAGUUCCGCUUCCUCUGCCACUCAAACGCGCUGCCCAGCCACGUGAAGAUCAGCGUGUCUCGGCAGACGCUCUUCGAGGACUCCUUCCAGCAGAUCAUGAACAUGAAGCCGUACGACCUGCGGCGCCGGCUGUACAUCAUCAUGCGCGGGGAGGAGGGCCUGGACUACGGUGGCAUCGCCAGGGAGUGGUUCUUCCUCCUGUCCCACGAGGUGCUCAACCCCAUGUACUGCCUCUUCGAGUACGCAGGCAAGAACAACUACUGCCUGCAGAUCAACCCUGCCUCCUCCAUCAACCCUGACCACCUCACCUACUUCCGCUUCAUCGGCCGCUUCAUCGCCAUGGCUCUGUACCACGGGAAGUUCAUCGAUACCGGCUUCACGCUGCCCUUCUACAAACGGAUGCUGAACAAGCGCCCGACGCUGAAGGACCUGGAGUCCAUCGACCCCGAGUUCUACAACUCCAUCGUCUGGACCAAGGAGAACAGCCUGGAGGAGUGUGGCCUGGAGCUGUACUUCAUCCAGGACAUGGAGAUCCUGGGCAAGGUGACCACCCACGAGCUGAAGGAGGGUGGUGAGAGCAUCCGUGUGACGGAGGAGAACAAGGAGGAGUACAUCAUGCUGCUGACGGACUGGAGGUUCACACGGGGCGUGGAGGAGCAGACCAAGGCGUUCCUGGACGGCUUCAACGAGGUGGUGCCGCUUGAGUGGCUGCGCUACUUCGACGAGAAGGAGCUGGAGCUGAUGCUGUGCGGGAUGCAGGAGAUUGACAUGAACGACUGGCAGAAAAAUACCAUCUACAGGCACUACACCAAGAACAGCAAACAAAUCCAGUGGUUCUGGCAGGUGGUUAAGGAGAUGGACAACGAGAAGAGGAUCCGGCUGCUGCAGUUCGUGACGGGGACCUGCCGACUGCCCGUCGGGGGCUUUGCUGAGCUCAUCGGCAGCAACGGGCCCCAGAAAUUCUGCAUUGAUAAAGUUGGCAAAGAGACGUGGCUGCCACGGAGCCACACGUGCUUCAACCGCCUGGAUCUCCCUCCCUACAAGAGCUAUGAACAGCUGAAGGAGAAGCUGCUUUACGCCAUCGAGGAGACGGAAGGGUUUGGGCAGGAGUGAUGGAGCUGUGGGGCGUUCCCGGAGCGCUGCCGGCCGGUGCCCAGGGCCCAGCCCUCCCUGGGAUGUGCACAGGCCCCUAUGGACGCUGUGGCUUCUGCUCCUGGGCGAGCUCUGCACUGACAUGGCCCUGGGGGAACAGGGCUGUGUUUCCCUCCCUAAGGAAAUCUGAGGUGUGAUGGAGAGGACACAAGGGCUUGGCUUGCGAGGGCUGGCACAGAGGGGCUGGGGGGCAACACAGGGGGCACCAGGGCUUCCCAGCCCCCUCCACAGACACAGUUAUGUGUUUGGUAGAUGCUCUUCUUCCUCCUUGUGUUUUCUGCCUUUCAUGGCAUUUUGGUAGUGGCAGGUGAGGGGGAAAAUGGCUCUCAGAUUGACUUCUGGGCCCCAUCCUGCAUCCAGCAUUCAGUAACAGUGACAGGGACCCCCAGGACGAUGCUUCUGAGGGGCUCUUGUGCACCAUCUGAGCACCAGGCCAGAUCUGCAGCCACUGGAGCUAGAGCCUGCCUGAGUGUGUCCCUGGCAUGUCCCGAUGUGCAGCCCGUGGCCCCUGGGCAGUUGUAUUUAAAUGAUGUGGUUUCUGCUUGGAGCUGGUGCUCCACAGCAGCCCCGGGGCUCCGGGCACUGCCGGGGCCCUGCCGGCCUUCGCUUGGAUCCUCGGUUCUGCCCACACUCCUGUUCCCUCUGCAGUGAGGAGGGUAGGAUCACCUGGCUGUCACUUCUGUCCCUCCCCGUGUGUGUGGGCGACAGACCCGGCCUGUCUGUGUCCGUGUGUCCGGGGGCCUGUGGAGACGGGACCCUGCAACGGCUCCGGGCCGGGAACCGGCCGGUUCCGCAUGGCCCCGCCUGCCCCGCGCGGCUUCGUGUGCAAUAAACGACAAAGCAGCUGC